UGCGUCUCGAUCAGGACGCGCGGACCGCAUUCCUCCUCAUUCAUGCCGUGCUGAGACUCCACACACAGAAAGUGCACGCGGAGCUUUACACACUGCUGCCGAGAAAAUGUACUCAAGUUUGAGAUUUUACGCAUGGCGAGGAUAAUAAACCAAGGCAUCAAGAGCACAAGGCUAGCGGCCAUGGCGCUGCAGAUGAUGGUGUAGACGACAGCUCCGUGCCGAGAGAGAGAGCAGAGAGGACACUGGGUCAAUAAGUUGCUCUCCUCACCGUAGACUGACAGACGCUGUCCAGGUUUUUUUUUCAAGCCCAGGAUCAGUAAGGUGAACAGAUCACCUGGCCUACUGCUUCCUCAGAAAAAUACUAAAAAUGCUGCCGUAUGGGAGGAGGCCCCUUCCCACCUCUCUUCGUGAGGCAUUCCUCCUCCUCUUCUUCCUCUCGUUCCUCCCUCAACAUGGGGGGCUCGAGGUUAACCUCUCUUCCUUCCGGACCUUUACCCCACCAGAGGGAGGGCUUACGCAUUUGGUCGUCCAUGACAAAACGGGUGAAGUCUACGUCGGUGCUGUCAAUUGGAUCUACAAGCUCUCCAGCAACCUGACCAAGCUUCGAAGCCAUGUUACUGGUCCUGUGGUGGAUAAUGAGAAAUGUUACCCACCACCUGGUGUUCAGUCUUGCCCUCACGAGUUAUCACAGACUAGCAAUGUCAACAAGUUGUUGCUUCUGGAUUCAGGGCAGAACAGGCUCAUUGCAUGUGGAAGCACCUCGCAGGGUAUAUGCCAGUUCCUCCGACUGGAUGACCUCUUCAAACUGGGUGAGCCACAUCACCGCAAGGAGCACUACCUUUCAAGUGUGUCCGAGGCGGGCACUAUGUCAGGAGUGGUUAUUAGUGGAACCCAAGGUGAAGACAGAGGUAAAUUGUUUGUAGGUACACCCAUCGAAGGAAAAUCGGAGUACUUCCCAACUCUCUCCAGUCGUAAGCUGAUGGCUAAUGAGGAGAAUGCUGAAAUGUUCAGCUUUGUCUACCAGGAUGAGUUUGUCUCCUCACAGCUCAAGAUUCCAUCCGACACCCUUUCCAAGUUCCCUACCUUUGACAUCUACUAUGUCUAUGGCUUUAGCAGCGAGCAAUUCAUCUACUACCUAACUCUCCAGCUGGACACCCAGCUCACCUCGCCGGAUGCCAGUGGUGAACAAUUUUUCACCUCCAAGAUUGUCCGCCUCUGUGUGGAUGACCCCAAGUUCUACUCCUACGUGGAGUUUCCUAUUGGCUGUACCAAGGAUGGUGUGGAAUACCGAUUGGUUCAAGACGCCUACCUCAGUCGGCCCGGUGCCAAGCUGGCACGAUCAUUGGGUAUCUCUGAACAGGAAGAGGUGCUGUUUACCGUUUUUGCUCAGGGCCAAAAGAACCGGGCCAAGCCACCGAAAGAAUCAGCACUGUGCCUGUUCACACUGCGAAAAAUCAAGGAAAAGAUUAAGGAGAGGAUCCAAUCCUGCUACCGGGGUGAAGGAAAGCUAUCCCUGCCCUGGCUGCUCAACAAGGAACUGAACUGCAUAAACUCACCUCUGCAGAUAGAUGACAACUUUUGUGGCCAGGACUUCAACCAACCUCUAGGGGGCACCACUACGAUUGAGGGGAUUCCUUUAUUCCUGGACAAAGAUGAUGGGAUGACAUCAGUGGCGGCAUAUGAUUAUAGCGGGCAAACCGUAGCCUUUACUGGCACCCGUAGCGGCAGGAUGAAGAAGAUCUUGGUGAACUCCAUUACCCAGCCUGCACUGCUGUAUGAGAACGUGGUGGUGAGCGAAGGGAACCCAAUUUUAAGGGACAUGCUGUUCAGCCCUGACCAUCAAUACAUCUACACCGUCACAGAUAAAGCGGUAAGACUUAAGGGAGUGUGCUGUUUGACAUUGAUGGUCGACGGAUGUUCACGUAAGGACCGCUGUGAGAGAGCUGAUGAGCCCCAGCGCUUCGCCUCCAGACUGGAGCAGUGCGUCCGACUCAUGGUGCAGCCCAACAAUAUUUCAGUCACCAUGUCUGAAGUUCAGCUGGUUCUUCAGGCUCAGAACAUCCCCAGUCUGGCUGCGGGCGUCAACUGCUCAUUUGAGGACUACACUGAGACGGAGGGACACAUCAUGGGGGGACGUAUAUAUUGCCUGUCCCCCUCCGCACGGGAGAUCGCUCCCAUCACGCGCAACCAGGGUGACAAGCGGGUGGUGAAGCUCUAUCUGAAAUCCAAGGAGACGGGGAAGAAGUUUGCCAGUGUGGAUUUUGUCUUCUACAACUGCAGUGUCCAUCAAUCGUGUCUUUCCUGUGUGAAUGGCUCCUUUCCAUGCCACUGGUGCAAAUACCGACACAUGUGCACCCACAAUGCCAACGACUGCUCCUUCCAGGAGGGCCGCGUCAACAUGUCAGAGGAGUGUCCUCAGAUCCUGCCGUCCACUCAGAUCUACAUCCCUGUUGGUGUCAUGAAGCCCAUCACCUUGUUGGCCCGCAAUCUUCCACAGCCUCAGUCUGGACAGAGGAACUACGAGUGUAUCUUCUAUAUUCAGGGAAAAGAGUACAGUGUCACUGCACUGCGUUUCAACAGCACUAGCAUACAGUGUCAGAAGACCAUGUAUGACUAUGAAGGAAAUGACAUCAGCGACUUGCCGGUGGACCUCUCGGUUGUGUGGAACGGAGAUUUCGUCAUUGACAACCCCUACAAUAUCCAAGCGUACCUGUACAAGUGUUACGCCAUGCGGGACAGCUGUGGGAUGUGUUUGAAAGCAGAUCCUCGGUUUGACUGCGGCUGGUGCGUGCAGGAGAAGAAGUGUUCACUGAGACAGGAGUGUGCUCCUCCAGAGAGCAUCUGGAUGCACCCCAGUGCAGGAAACAGUCGCUGCACACACCCCAAAAUCAACAAGCUGUUUCCUGAGACCGGACCACGGCAAGGCGGAACCAGACUCACCAUCACCGGAGAGAACCUGGGUCUGCAGUUUAGAGACAUUAUGACAGGCGUUCGGCUGGGAAAAGUACCAUGUGUUCCUAUUGAAGAGGAAUACAUUAGUGCGGAAAGGAUUGUGUGUCUGCUGAAUGAUGCCACAGGAUACCGCGUGCAGGAAGCCCAGGUGGAGGUGUGCGUGAGAGACUGCCUGGCUGACUACAGAGCCCUCUCACCCAGGGCUUUCACCUUUGUGACGCCAUACUUCACCCGUAUCCAGCCCGCUCAGGGACCUCUUUCAGGAGGAACCAGAAUCACCAUUGAAGGAAACCAUCUCAACGCUGGCAGCUCUGUGUUGGUCAACAUUGGGCUUCACUCUUGUCACUUUAAAAAGCGGAGCUCUAAAGAGAUCGUGUGCAUGACCCCGGCCGGCGUGAACGCGGGAAGCACUCCGGUUAUGGUGGACAUAGACUCAGCUGAGCUGAGGAACCCCGAGGUGAAGUUUAACUACACAGAGGACCCCACCAUCCUGAAGAUAGACCCGGUCUGGAGCAUUGCUAGCGGUGGGACUCUGCUGACGAUCAGCGGCACCAACCUGGCCACCAUUAAAGAACCCAAGAUCCGUGCCAAGUACGGCUCUGCAGAGUCUUUCCAUAACUGCACGGUUUUCAACAACUCCAUUAUGGUCUGUCUGGCCCCGUCGCUGGCAGAUUCAGAUAGAGGCUUUGCUGAGACUGGCAGCGGACCGGAUGAGAUCGGCUUCUACAUGGAUAACGUCCACGCCCUUGUGGUCGUCAACGAGAGCUUCAGCUACUACCCAGACCCCGUCUUUGAACCCCUCAGUCCCACAGGCAUUCUGGAGCUCAAACCAACAUCUCCCCUCAUCCUGAAGGGUCGUAAUUUGAUUCCUGCCGCACCCGGUAACUCCAGGCUUAACUACACAGUGUUUAUCGGAGAGACACCGUGCGUUCUGACGCUCUCUGAGACCCAGUUGCUGUGCGAGUGGCCCAACCUCACCGGCCAGCACAAAGUGACGAUCCGGGCAGGAGGGUUCGAAUAUUCCCCCGGCACGCUGCAGGUCUACUCCGACAGCCUUCUCACCCUGCCUGCUAUCAUCGGGAUCGGAGGAGGUGGAGGCCUCCUGCUGCUGGUCAUCAUCGCUGUGCUCAUCGCCUACAAGCGCAAGUCCCGGGACGCAGACCGCACCCUCAAACGACUCCAGCUGCAAAUGGACAACCUGGAGUCUAGAGUCGCUCUCGAAUGCAAAGAAGCUUUUGCUGAACUCCAAACUGACAUCCAUGAACUGACCCAAGAGCUGGAUGGAGCGGGCAUCCCGUUCCUGGACUACCGAACCUAUGCCAUGCGGGUGCUGUUCCCUGGCAUUGAGGACCACCCGGUGCUCAAGGAGAUGGAGGUGCAGGCUAAUGUCGAGAAGGCCUUGACUCUGUUUGGUCAACUCCUCACCAAGAAGCACUUCCUGCUGACAUUUAUCCGCACGCUGGAAGCUCAGCGCUCCUUCUCCAUGCGUGACCGUGGCAAUGUGGCAUCACUCAUCAUGACAGCUCUACAGGGAGAGAUGGAGUACGCUACAGGAGUCCUCAAACAGCUGCUCUCUGACCUCAUCGACAAGAACCUGGAGAGCAAGAACCACCCUAAACUGCUGCUCAGGAGGACCGAGUCUGUUGCUGAGAAGAUGCUUACAAACUGGUUCACAUUUCUUCUGUACAAGUUCUUAAAAGAGUGUGCAGGUGAGCCUCUCUUCAUGCUGUACUGUGCUAUGAAACAGCAGAUGGAAAAAGGCCCUAUAGAUGCCAUCACCGGAGAGGCCAGAUACUCCCUCAGUGAGGACAAACUCAUCCGGCAACAGAUUGACUACAAGACUCUGACACUUCAUUGUGUGAACCCCGAGAACGAGAACGGCCUGGAGGUGACGGUGAAAUGCCUGAACUGUGACACAAUCACCCAGGUGAAAGAGAAGCUUCUGGAUGCUGUGUAUAAAGGAAGCCCAUACUCACAGAGACCAAAAGCAGGAGACAUGGACCUGGAGUGGCGGCAGGGGCGACUGGCGAGGAUCAUUCUGCAGGAUGAGGAUGUCACUACUAAGAUUGAUAAUGACUGGAAACACCUGAACACACUAGCACACUAUCAGGUAACAGAUGGGUCUGUUAUCGCCCUGGUGCCAAAGCAAAACUCUGCGUACAACAUCUCAAACUCGUCCACCUUCACCAAGUCCCUCAGCAGAUACGAGAGUAUGUUGAGAACGGCCAGCAGCCCAGACAGUCUACGGUCCAGGACGCCCAUGAUCACGCCCGAUCUAGAGAGCGGUACCAAACUCUGGCACCUCGUCAAAAACCACGACCACGCAGAUCAACGUGAGGGCGAUCGCGGGAGCAAGAUGGUGUCAGAGAUCUACCUGACACGACUGCUGGCCACCAAGGGUACUUUACAGAAAUUCGUUGAUGAUUUGUUUGAGACGAUAUUCAGCACGGCUCACCGUGGCAGUGCCCUCCCUCUUGCCAUCAAAUACAUGUUUGACUUCCUGGACGAGCAGGCGGACAAACACCAAAUCACAGAUUUAGAUGUUCGGCAUACCUGGAAGAGCAACUGUUUGCCAUUAAGGUUCUGGGUGAACGUGAUCAAGAACCCCCAGUUUGUGUUCGACAUCCACAAGAACAGCAUCACAGAUGCGUGUCUCUCCGUAGUGGCCCAAACAUUCAUGGACUCCUGCUCUACAUCUGAACACAAGCUCGGCAAAGAUUCCCCUUCCAAUAAGCUGCUCUACGCUAAAGAUAUUCCCAACUACAAGAACUGGGUAGAAAGGUAUUACUCAGACAUUGCGCGCAUGCCCGCCAUCAGCGAUCAGGACAUGAGCGCUUAUCUCGCGGAGCAGUCCAGACUCCACCUGAGCCAGUUUAACAGCAUGAGUGCCCUCCACGAGAUCUACUCCUACAUAACCAAGUACAAAGACGAGAUCCUGUCUGCACUACAGAAGGACGAGUUAGCUCGGCGACAAAGACUGCGCAGUAAACUGGAACAGGUUAUCGAUACCAUGGCUCUAGCAAGCUGAGGACACCCCCUCCCCGUCUCUCCACCCACCUCAGCUGACUCCCUCCGACCUCCUGACCCUCGCCCACAGUCAUACACAUGCACGCGUGUGCGCACACACACACACACACACACACACACACACACACACACACACUAAGCUAACAGACUGCAAGGACAGAAGCAGUACACUGGAGACCCCUCAGCCCAGGGUGGAAAUCCUCUUUCAUCACUUCCUUUGAACUCAACAUGCACCAGAAUGUCUCCUCGGAUGCCACGUCCAACCAAUAGGACUGGACUUUGUUUUUUGGAUUUUUAUCAUUUUGAAUUGUGUGUUGAGCCACGCUUGUGUGCUUUUACUCACCAAGGAUGACUUGUAUUAUGAGCCAGAAUACCUUAAAGCCCAUGAAGGAUAAAAGCGGUGUGUCUCCCCCCCCCCCCACACACACAAAUGGAAUUUUGUUUACUCGCUCAAUUAACAUUUUUAUUUUUUUUUUGGUAACUCUUUGGGUUGAUUGAACAACUCACUCACUCCAGUCUCCUGCCACUUGUGUUACUGCUGAAUUUGCACAAUUUACAGGAACUACAACAAAUGAAAAUGGUAUAAAUAUAUAUAUAAAUGUGUAUAGAUAUAUA